CGUGGACUUUGCGCCAGUUGCGCACACCGGCGGUCCCAGGUGAGCGAGCGGCCGAGGUCAGCGACAGAAGCAAACUCAGCCCGGAAAGAUUUCUGACCCUGAGAGCGACGCGAUGGGAGGUAAAUCACACGAGAGCUUCUGCUGAGCGUCCGGAAUGCUUUCUUCGAGGAACGCGUGUUGAGCACAGUGAUCCGGGACGUGGAGAUGGUCACUUGGGCGUCCUUGCUGACAGCAUGCCUAUGGAUCCCACUGCAUGGCACCUGGGGACAGCGCGCGUGCCCAUCUCCUCCUCGCACGCUGGUGGACUUCACUGUAAAGUACACCAUCCCCUACUUCCAGACAGGAAGUCCUAUUCAGAACAUAGUGGUCAACAGGGACAAGGAUGACGGUAAGGGGGAGGUGUACGUUGGGAGCCGGAAUGCGGUGGAGGCGGUCGACGCCGAUUUAGGAAGCAUCUGGCGACUCAAGACUGGACCCGUUGGUGACGCUGGAUGUAAAACCUGCCAGGUGUGCGGCCUUAAGUCCGAUCCUGACGAGCGGCUGGAUACGGACAACGAGGUUUUACUGUUGGAUCCUGAUUUAUUCCUCCUACCGUACUUGUAUGUUUGUGGAAGCACUCAGCACGGGGGGUGCUUCUCUAUUAACAUCAACGUUUCAGAGCCCGAGCCACAGUGUUUAUACAAAAAGGAGCAAAACUCUCCAUCCAAGUGUCCAGACUGUCUGGCCAGUCCACUUGGCACCAAAGUCACCAUCGCUGACGAUGGAGCCACGUCGUUCUUCUUUGUGGCAAACUCUGUGGAUGCCAGAGUAGCACAGAGAUAUCCCAGGAGGUCCAUAUCCGUGGUGAGGCCUCUUUCGACUGAAGAUGGCUUUCAGCUGGUCACGGAUGGCCUGACGGUGCUCCCCCAUCUGCAGAACUCCUACAGGAUUGAUUAUAUUUACAGCUUCUCCACCAAAGAGCACGUCUACUUCCUGUCCCUGCAAAGAGAGAAUCCCGACAAGGGCAAUUCAACGUUCCAGACUCGCCUGGGACGGCUGCCGAUAAUAAGUCCCGAGGCGUGGAUGUACCGGGAGGUGGUCCUGGAGUGCCGGUACGAGCCCAAGCGCAGGAGGAGGCGCAGGGAGGCUUUCAAGGACGUCGUAUUCAACGGGCUGCAGGCGGCGCACUACGGGCCCGUGGGGCGGGACUUGGCCGGCGAGCUGGGGCUGGACGAGACGGAGGACAUGCUGUACGGGGUGUUCGCCGAGGUGGACGCUCGCGGACAGGCUCGGAGGAACUCGGCCCUGUGCGCCUUCUCUCUGCCCAAAGUCAACUACGCCAUCGAUAAAGGUGUGGAGGACUGCUGCAGCAGGGGCACGGAGCAGCUGUCCAGAGGCCUCUGCCAUUUCCAGCCCUGCGAGAGCUGCCCGCACGAGAGCUCGGGGGAUAACGACAAGUGCAAAGACGUGCCCACUCUGGUGUCAAAGCCGUACUACAGAGUGGACCUGUUCAACAGGCAGAUGAGAGACGUGCUGUUCACUGCUGUCCUGGUCACGACCACUGGGAAGCACACGCUGGGCCACUUCGGCACCUCUGACGGCCGGAUGCUGCAGUUGGUCCUCACCACAUACAGGCCUGUUGUCUUUGCCAACUACUCUCUGGGCGACGCUGCCGUCUCCAGGACAGCAGCCGUGUACUCGAACGCCUCACUCCUCUUCGUAGUGGGAAAUAAGAUGUUCAGAGUUCCGUCUGCAGGACCCGGCUGUGCACAUUUCCAGACGUGCUCCGUGUGUUUGACGGCCCCGCGCUUCAUGCAGUGCGGCUGGUGCUCAGGAACCUGCUCCCGGCAGUGGGAGUGCUCCUCCGAAUGGAGCAACGAGUCCUGCGCCCCGGUUCUAACGGAGUUCUUCCCGAAGGCGGCGCCCGCUGGUGGUCAGACGGUCCUCACGCUCUGCGGCCGGGACUUCCAGUCCCCUCAGCGGCCCGCCAUCGUGAGCGGGUCGACCCACGUGGUCGGCGCCGGCCCGGGGGGCUCGUGUGCCGUCCUGCCUGAGAGGAGCAGCAGCGAAGUCCUGAUAUGCAAGAUUAAAGGGACCAAACCAAACCCGGACCUUAACAUCACGCUGGACGUGCACGAGAGGGCAGUGGAGGGCUCCUACUCCAUCCAAGGCUCCACUUGGAUGCCUGGCUUUUCAUUAGUGGAGCCUGUUAUAACUGAUAUCACACCCGGUUAUGGACCCGUGUUUGGAGGAACAGCGGUUACAAUCACAGGCAGAUAUUUGGACUCUGGGACCGACAGGACCGUCUUCAUUGGUGAUAAACAGUGCAGCAUUCCUGGAGGAAAUGGGGAUUUGUCUUCAAUUGUUUGCCAAACAGCAGCUGCCGCGGGUGUCGGGAAGGUGCCGGUGAAAAUGGUCAUUGACACUUUGCAAGCAGCCUCGGCUUCUACGUUCUUCUACAAGUCGAACCCCGUCGUGACCUCCGUGCAUCCGCUCUGCAGUUUCAAAAGCGGCUCCACGCUGCUGAUAGAAGGUCACAACCUCCACUCUGCCCACAAAAUAGUGGUUCAGUACACCUCCAAAAGUCUCCCGCAUCCCCUCUAUCAGGUCUGCAACGGCACAGUGAACGCCACGCACGCCGAGUGUCUGGCUCCGGCCUUUCAGGAGGAAAUGCCCGAGGACAAGUCUGACGCGGGAAAUAUUUCCAUCCACAUGGACGGAAAACGCGACCUGUGGACGAGACGCUUCGACUACCACCCCGACGCCGUCAUCAUUCCCUUUGAAAGCGAUGACAACGAAUUAGUUUUAAAGCUGGGAGACACCGAGGUUUCAAUGCACCAUAACCACCUAAAGACAGCGAGCACGUGCAUGAAGAUCACCAUGACCGUCGGCGACGUGCCCUGCAACGCUCAGGUCCUGCUGAACGUGCUGACCUGCAGGAUCCCCAAGAGCGUGGAGGUCCCCAGUGGGGGGUUACCUGUCAGGGUGUCUGUGAACGGGAAGGUGUACGACGUGGGCACAGUGGUGCGUAGCGGCCACAACAACGCCGUGUUAGUGGGCAUCGUGCUGGGCAUCGUCGGUGCUCUGGUCCUGGGGGCCGCCCUGGCUUUACUCAUAAUGAAGCAUCUAAGAAAGAAAAAGAGAGCCAAUGUGGAGAAUCGUUUGUCAGCCACGCUUUCACGGACCCGCAUGGGCAGCAACAACGACUUCGCGCUGUCCGGAGACUACAGACGAGGUUUGUCUAGUCAGAAUUCCGGCUCAGGGGGAAUGGCCUUCCAAGGGCUUCUAUACGCUGCCAGCCACGACCAUCUCGACGUUCCCGUCCCACGGGACAACAUCUCCAUGGUCAGUCUGAGUGCCGAGCUGCUGGAAGAGGUGAAAGAUGUGCUGAUCCCCGCCGACAUGCUCCGAAUUGACGACAUUCAGAUUAUUGGCAAAGGCCACUUUGGGACGGUGUAUCACGGGUACCUGAUAGACAGCAACAAGCAAGAGACCCACUGUGCUGUUAAAUCACUGAACCGAAUCACAGACUUGGGGGAGGUGGACCAGUUCCUCAGAGAAGGCAUCAUCAUGAAGGGUUUCCACCACCCCAACAUCCUGUCUCUGCUGGGCAUCAUGCUCCCUAAAGAAGGGCUCCCCCUGGUGGUCCUGCCGUACAUGAAGCACGGAGACGUGCGUCACUUCAUCCGUUCGGAGAAAAGGAACCCGACGGUCAAAGACCUCAUAGGGUUUGGCCUCCAGGUUGCCAGGGGGAUGGAAUAUUUAGCCCAGAAGAAGUUUGUGCACAGAGACCUUGCCGCACGUAACUGCAUGCUGGACGAGAACUUCACGGUGAAGGUGGCCGAUUUCGGCAUGGCGCGGGACAUUUACGACAAAGAGUACUACAGCAUUCAAGAUCACAAACGGGCGAGGCUGCCGGUGAAGUGGAUGGCCAUCGAAAGUCUGCAGACACAGAAGUUCACCACCAAGUCUGACGUGUGGUCGUACGGCAUCCUGAUGUGGGAGCUGCUGACCAGAGGGGCCAGUCCGUAUCCAAACGUGGACCCCUACGACAUCACGCACUUCCUGUUGAAGGGACGCCGGCUUCCGCAGCCACAGUUUUGCCCCGACGACCUCUACGCGGUCAUGCUGGCGUGUUGGGACCCGGAGCCCGAGCACAGGCCUGGCUUCCACAGCCUGGUUACAGAAGUACAACACAUCCUGUCCUGUCUGGCAGGAGAGCACUACAUCGAUCUGAAGGUCACGUACGUGAACUUGGACCAGCCCAGGCCGUACCCGGCGCUGACCGGGUCUGCGGACGAGGCGGAGGACUCCGACUUGGAGAUAGAAAGCUACGCCACCAGCCUUCUGCCGCAGGCGUAGGGGAGGAAGAGCCGACGCCGGCGUCCUCAGAACUGUGUCUGCGGGUGUACGUUCACUGACGGCACUGAAACUGACACCCGCUGCUGCAGGAAAAAACACUGAUAGUUCUCCGUUUAGGUGGAAGUGGAUGUAAUGUAAUUGUGACUUAAUGAUUGUAACAUGAGCUUCAGGUAUCAGAUUGGUCAGACUUAAUAUUUGUCUCUCAGAGUGUGAGAGCGCUGACUCAUGCUCAGGGGUCAGCUGUCCUGCCAUAAUGUGUAGUGGAAGUAUACGCAACACAAAAUAAGUGAAUAACUAAACAAGAGGGAGUUUUUCUGCACUAGUCGCAAAUCAUCUGCAGCUGCAGCAGGAAGCACCUGUAGUGUUGAUUCUUACCAGCAGAGAGCAACAGAUGCCUCCUUCUGAUGCUGUAGCACAGUAGCGCUCGGUGCUGCAGUGAUGAAGGUGUUACAUAAGCAGAAGCACUAGUAACUCGCUUAUUUCUGACAUGUCCACACAACAGCCUGUUUUAACUCAUUCCUCCUUUCCCACAUGCAGGUAAAUCCUUUCCACAGUUGAUAAAACCAGCAGAGGCGUCUUAAACGUACGCACUGAUUCUUUUUAUACUUUUCUGAGCUGAUUUUUUC